UGACAAAAUGGAAACCACCAGCAGUGUGAAAAGACCUGAAAGUGGCACAUGGCAGAGUGUGGCGAUGGAGACAGCAGCAAUGGGAGGCCGUACAGGGACCCAUGACACACUCUGGACCUGGCAGCAGCAUGAGGAGGCGGUACAGGGGCCCAUGACAGAUUACGGGCCUGGCAGCAGCAUGAGGAGUUGGCCGUACAGGGACCCAUGACACACUCUGGACCAGGCAGCAGCAUGAGGAGGCGGUACAGGGGCCCAUGACAGAUUACGGGCCUGGCAGCAGCAUGAGGAGUCGGUACGGGGGCCCAUGACACAUUCUGGACCUGGCAGCAGCAUGA